CUUCGGGGGCGUCCCGGAACUACUUCGAUGCUCCGUAGCCCCCAGGCACGAGGGCCCCUGUGAGGGGUGGCCCGCUAGCCGUGUGCCUCUCCGGCCUUGUAUGCCUUUUCCAUGGCCAGCUGCAGCUCCAAAGCCGCCACGUCCCUUUUCAAGCGAACCUUGGCCUUUUCCCCACCGCGUGCAGGCGGCGGCGGUGGGUCGAGUUCCUGCCUGACUGGCGGCGGCCGGUUGCGGACCUGCGGCGGUACCUCUCGUCUCCCGCAACGCUCGCGGCCUCGCUUUCUGUUCUCUCAGGCUGCGCCUCCGCCUCUGCUCCUUUUGCAGGACUCGCUCAGCGAUAGCCUCCGGGUGUGUUACAAGUACUUGAACCAAACCAGUCGGAGCUUCGCCGCCGUCAUCCAAGCGCUGGACGGGGAGUUACGCCAUGCAGUGUGCAUCUUCUAUUUGGUUCUCCGAGCUCUGGAUACUGUGGAAGAUGACAUGACUAUCAGUCUUGAAGCUAAGGUCCCCAUGUUACACAAUUUUCACUCCUACUUAUAUCAGCCAGACUGGAAAUUUAUGGACAGCAGAGAGAAGGACAGACAGGUGCUGGAAGACUUUCCAACUAUUUCCCUAGAGUUCCGGAAUUUGGCAAAAGUCUAUCAAGAUGUGAUUGCUGACAUUUGUCACAAGAUGGGUCUUGGUAUGGCAGAGUUUUUGGAAAAGAAGAUGAAUUCUAACAAAGAGUGGGACAAGUAUUGCCACUAUGUUGCUGGCCUGGUGGGAAUUGGCCUCUCCCGGCUCUUCUCUGCCUCAGAAUUAGAAGAUCCUGUUGUCGGUCACGACGUAGAAUUGGCCAACUCCAUGGGACUCUUUCUGCAGAAAACCAACAUCAUUAGGGACUAUCUGGAGGACCAACUGGUGGGCAGAGAAUUCUGGCCCAAAGAGGUUUGGAGCAAGUAUGUGAAGAAGCUGUCAGAUCUGGCUAAGCCGGAAAACAUUGACAAAGCCGUCCAGUGUAUGAAUGAGCUCAUUACCAAUGCCCUAUAUCAUGUUCCUGAUGUCUUGACAUAUUUGUCCCGCUUGAAGAAUCAAAGUGUGUUCAAUUUCUGUGCUAUUCCACAGGUGAUGGCUAUAGCCACUUUGGCAGCCUGCUACAACAACCAACAGAUCUUCAAAGGUGUGGUGAAGAUUCGAAAGGGACAAGCAGUCACAUUGAUGAUGGAUGCUACUAACAUACAGGCUGUUAAAACCAUCAUGUACCAGUAUAUGGAAGAGAUCUACCAGAAGGUCCCAAGCACAGACCCUUCCUCCGCCAAAACUCAACAGAUCAUCAACACUGUCCAAUCCAUGAGCUUACCCAGUGGUACCCUGGUCUCCCGGACCCAUUAUUCACCCCUCUAUUUUUCCUGCAUUAUGAUUUUAGCUGCCUUGAGCUGGCAAUAUCUGAACACUGUUUCAAAAGCAGCAGAGGAGUAUGUGCACACUGGUGAGAACUGAGAGUGGAGCUCUCUUGUGCUGCAUUUGGAAGGGGAAUAUUUUGAAAUGGGAGAACUUUUUGGAGUCCCAGGAAUGUAAGGAACAGGACUGCGAAUGUUUUGCUGCAAGCUGACUGAACUGGAAGCCUUCAGUUAAAAGCAUCUGCUGCUGGUUUUGAAGCCUCUAACAGUUUCCCAUGGAGACAUUUGCUUUUUUCCCAGCUAAACUAGCUACAGCAAAUUUGUUUGAGUCUUACUUAGUGUUUUCUUUUCUGCAGUUUGCUCUGCAUUUGUUUUUGAUGUAGAGUGUUUUUUAACUCUUGAUGUUUCAAAGUGUUUGUGAAUUUUGACACUAAAAACGUGGUAAUAAAACCACUCCUCUUGCUGUAGUUUGAGCACUGCAUUUUCUGUUCAAAAAAACUUCCAAAGCCUGUACUAUGCCUUAAGUUGCACUAAUUUAGGAAUUUGUCCUUACAUUAAGUUUGGAGAUAGAUAUUUGCCUUUGUUAUUUUUUCUUUUCCAUAAACGUUAUUGUGCCUCUUGUAAAAGGUUUCUAUAUUGUAAUAUGGAAGGAAUUUUGGGAGCCAAGAGAGGAAAGUUAUAUAAAUCGGUGAGGUAGGGCAAAACUCUGGGCUCUUCUACAGUAAAGCUGCCCACUCCUGAAAUAGAGAUCAGCACUGAGAAUCAGAAUACUUUUAAAAUCUUCUGUAGACUUGGAGAAGUUCUAGUUUGGGAUAGCAUGCAAAGUAGGCUGUGAGAAUUUUGGAAGGUGCGGACAAUAUCUUCACAUAGCAGCUUCCCUUUGCAGAUUCAUCCCAGGUAUCUGCCCAAGCAUGUGGCCUGUAAUCCUGUUCUGUUGUCUCCAUGCACCGUCCCAAAGAAGCUCAAGGAGAGUGCUUUACAAAGUAUCUGCUCAAAAGCUUUAGAAUUUGAUUCAUGAGGUUAAAUCUCAAAAAUGAAGAAAUCAAUCUAGAAAAGCAUAUGUCCACAGAAGUAAAGUAUAGUUAUGAGGCCAGAUGUGGAGCUUUCAUAAGUCGAGCUCUACUCCUAGUGUCACUGGAACAUGUGCAUUUGUUUUCUUGGUUUACUACUGACAUCUAAAAUGGUUGACUUCGUAAUCUAAAGCGCCAGUAUUUCCAGGUGAUCUCACCUAAGAGCCAACCAAGAUCAACCCUACUUAGCAUUUUGAGGAACACCCAUCUGCUGUGGCAUUAGCAUGGAGUACUUGUUUUCUCUGCAACCUGGGUCCUAAUUCUAUAAAGGGGACACAGAAAUUUCUUGAUUUACAAGUACAGGUUAGAAGACUCAUUAUAGUGGCUUUCAGCAGUUGAUACCUAAAAGCCAGUUCUUUGCUAUAGUGAAUAACCUUCAGAACAGAUUCUGCAGGCCUUGUACUAUGUAACUUGACAAGAGGCUAAAAAAUAAACGAGCCAGCUUGGAUUACUGGGAUUUUUGCAAAUAAUUCUUAACUAGGUAGCAUGAUUUACUUUCAACAAAGGCACCAUGGUUAAGUCUGCAUAUAAUAAAAACUUAACAGUGUAUAUUUCAGUCUACCUAUUUUUAUACCCUUUGAAGCAUAGCAGUGAACCACAGAAAAGCAUAUUUAAACAAUAGAGUACGGGAGGCAAAACCUUGUUCUGCCCUAAGUGGACGAGUCAUGAGCCAUAGUGGGUUUUGGAGAAGGGUUCUAGGCUGCUAGGAACUUUCAUGGUCAAGAAGGACCAUGACAUCACAUAUAGGUAAUUGUAAUUUCUAGGUGUAGGUACCUAAGUACCUAAGAGCAAUUUAAGGCAUGUAAAUUAAAUCAAAAACUAAUAUAAAUUAUUCUAAUCCCAGUCAAGAAAUCAGAAUUGCAGAGGAGCUAGAGGUUGGGGAGGAAGGAUCUGCAGGCUCUAUGGAAUUCAAAAUUAGAACCUUGUAAACAUGCGCAUAAAGCCAUUAUUAUUUCAAAUCAUCAAACUUUCAAGUACAUAGUGAAGAUACUGUAGUACAAGAUACACACACACACACACACCAUCCAUCCAUCCAUCCUCUAUCCUAUAUAUAUCUACAUAUAGAUAUAGGCUUUGUAUCAAGACCAUUACGUUUGAUCACAGCAAUCCAUAUUCUCAUGACUUUAAAUACAGAACCUCAAGGAUCAGUAAAAUGUAUUGGUGUGUAAAACAGUCACCUGUUUCAUCAGUUAGGUAUGGCACAACGUGCACUGGGUCUAUUUUCCGAACUGAAAUGUGUUCCCCCUCCACGCCCCCACAAAAGAGACCAGAAAUACAAUCCUUUCUGUCCACCAGGGGGAAGAAUGAACACAUACAUUGUAGAAAACUUUACUGGAGAUAAGAAUUGGAAGUACACUGAUGAAAUUCUGGUUGUAAGUCUUUUAAGUUUAUAAAAUAUUCUGCUGCAGUUAACAAUAACUGAAUUUGAA